AUGUGUUGCGAGAAUAAUAAUGAGCAACAAUCGGAAGCUUUUGAUGAUAAUUUUUCAACAUCCUGUAGUAAAAUAGCCAAGCAACGAAGAUUUUUAAUAAAUCCAAUAUUAAAUUCUUCUUUAACUUCAACUCCUCAAUUAAUUCCAGCAAAAAUUCUUUCAAUAAAAAAUAAAAAAUUAAUAACAAAAAUUGUUGCAAUUUUACCUAAAUUAGACAAAAAAUUUCAACAUUUGAAGAGAGUUUGGAAUAAUCAAAUUUUAAUUUCUAUUAAUGAAGAUGAAGGAGAAGAUGAAGAAAAAUCGCUUUUGAUUACUAUUAAACAAUUAUUAGAAGAAGAAGAAAUUAAAAUAUCUCAACAAUUUGUUCCAAGAAAUGCUCCACUAACCCAAACUCAAUGUGAACUUGCAAAAAAAUAUUGGCCAAUUUCUUUUCAUAAAAAUUCAAUUUUGGAAGCAAAAUUAAAUGAACAAUAUUUUUCAACAAAAGAAAUUGAGAUUUAUAGCAAUUUAUUUUUUAAAGUUGAAUUAACUAAAGGUGUUUUAUUUUACGACCCAAAAAACAAUAAAAUUGUUUGUGCCUCUACAACUAAUCCAACACACCCAUUAAAACAUGCAGUUAUCCAAUGUAUUGAUAUUCUUGCAAAAAUACAGGAACAAGAAGAAACGUCGAAAGAUGGACAAUAUUUAGCUACAGGUUUUCGAAAAAAUUUUGGGCCUUUUAAAGGAGAGGGGGAAUGAGAAAUUUCUUGGACGUAGACUUGGGAUGGUCCCUUAGCUCCGCUUUUCUGUCUAGAAACCUGACCCAAAAAGUCUCACAAUCAACUCGGAAAACCAUGUC